AUGCCGCUGCAUCGUAUUUACACGCCAAAGCACUUCUUCACUAAAGAGGAGAAGAGGGAACUUGUCGAAAGCGUCACAAGCUUAUACGUGCGUAUGGGUCUGCCACCCUUUCUCGUCAACGUCCUAUUCAUACAGCUUGAGGAUGAUGAUUUCUACAUUGGCAUGCAGGCUCACAGCGAGCGGGCUCAAGAACAGGGUAAAAAGUUCGUCCGAAUUGUCAGUCAACACCUGGCCCGCACCUCCGAGGGAAAGGAACGUCGAAUGAAGACGAUCGAGAGCCUUGAAGAGCGUUUCCGCACGGUUCUGGAGAGGAAACGAUGUGAAUGGGAGAUUCAUAUCGAGGAGCCCCCCGCCGAUCUAUGGCACCUGAGCGGCUUCAGAUAUCCCGCGCCAGGCACAUCGGCCGAGGCCGAAUGGGUCUCUGCCAACAAGGCAGUGGCGUACGAGGGUUCGUCUAUGGCCGAUCAUCUUGCUCAAAAAGCUGCCCUCUGA